AACAUUUGCCUCUCUAAGUAGCUAAGAAAUUUUAUUGCACAUUUUAGUUCACAGUUCUCCGCUAGAUGCCGUAACACACUACAAAGGGCUGGUUUAAGCUUUUAAGAAACAGCAGAGCAUCUAUUGGAUGAGUGAGAGUUGUGCUCUGUACCAAUCGUGCUUUAGACAGUACAAAGGGAUCUACUCCCUCCCCCAACCAGAGGAGUACAAUGAUGAGCUGUAGAGCGAGAGGAAACAUGAGCGCUUUACGAGGCUGAUCACCACAACGAGGAUGCGUUGAAUAAACGUAAUUGUUUGAAAAUGGAGAACAGCAUUCUGAUUUUCUAUGGAUAUAAGAUCAAGAUUUUUUGAUGGGAAUAUCAAGCGCAACAGAGAAAUGAGGCACAGGAGGAUCAGAGGGUGGAAAUGGGCAGCGCUUUGGCUGUUCGCUUUCUCUCUAUUGUGGAAUACAGUUGGAGCUCAGAAUCGCUACACAAUACCUGAAGAGUUAAAGGAAGGAUCUAUCGUUGGGAAUAUCGCGAAUGAUCUUGGUUUUGACAUCUCAGAUAUCGCCGAUCGUAAGUUGCGGAUAGCAUCUGAAUCAAAUAGACAGUAUUUCAAUGUGGAUUCAGGGAAGGGUGAUCUGGUAGUAAAUGGCAGAAUAGACAGAGAAACGCUCUGUGGACAAAGCGCCAGUUGUCUGAUGCCACUUCAGAUCGUUAUUGAGAAUCCAUUACAGAUGCAUAACGUAGAGAUAGAAAUACAAGACAUUAAUGACAAUGCACCAAACUUUCAUACUAAAGAUGCCACAUUAAAAAUAUAUGAACUGACUGCUGCCGGCGCACGAUUUCCCCUUGAAAGCGCCGAGGACCUCGAUGUUGGCAGCAAUAGCCUAAAGACUUAUUCUUUGAGUAAUAACAAUUUUUUCCGUCUUAAUAUAAAAACUUUAAAGGAUGGAAGAAUGGUCCCAGAACUUGUGGUUGAAAAACCUUUAGAUAGAGAGAAACAGUCUGUUCACAAGCUAAUAUUAACAGCUCUGGAUGGCGGUGAUCCGGUAAAAUCUGGCACAUCUUUAAUGCAAAUAAUUGUUCAAGAUAUAAACGACAACGAACCAAAAUUUGAAGUUGCUGCAUACAAAGCAUCUGUUGUAGAAAGCGCCGUUGUUGGUUCAAGUGUGAUCAAAAUCAAAGCAACCGAUUUGGAUGAAGGUCCAAAUGGUGAGAUACAAUAUUUAUUCGGUGCGCACACUCCUGAGCUUGUAAGAAAUGCGUUUACUGUAAACGCUGAAACCGGCGAAAUAACUGUAACUGGAAAAUUAGAUUACGAGACAAAAAAAACGUACACGUUUGAUGUCUGUGCUAAAGACAAAGGGAAUCCAGAGCUCGAGGGACAGUCAUCGGUUCAGAUAGAUAUCAUAGAUGAGAAUGACAACCCUCCAGAGAUUAUACUGACAUCUUUACCGAGCCCUGUACCUGAAAAUGCAACGGUGGGAACUGUGGUGGCUCUGAUUACCGUCAACGAUUUGGACUCCGGUAAUAAUGGUAAAGUCGAGCUAAUUGUCUCCCCGGAUGUUCCGUUUAAAUUGAAACCUUCCCAUAAUUAUUAUUCUUUGAUAACGGACUCAUUUCUUGACCGUGAGGUUCAUUCUGAGUAUAGUGUAGACAUACUGGCCAUAGACUCUGGUGUCCCACCAUUAAAAACUUUGAAGUCUGUAAAUAUUAAAGUGCUUGAUGUAAAUGACAACCCUCCAGUAUUCUCACAGACCUCAUAUAAUGUUUACAUUAACGAAAAUAAUCUUGCAGGCACUUCAUUGUUUUCUGUAUCUGCGUUUGAUAUUGACCAGGAUAAAAACGCUCUAUUUACAUAUUCAAUCCUGGACUCAAGUUCUUAUCACGUUCCAGCAUCAUCUUAUUUUUAUAUCAACUCUGAGAAUGGAACCAUUUACUGCAUGAGUACCUUUGAUUAUGAAAAGGCAAAAUUGUUCAGUGUUCUAGUUCAGGCUAAAGAUCAUGGCUCUCCAUCUCUGAGCAGUAACGCCACUGUUCAGGUGUUUAUUCUGGACCGGAACGAUAACGCUCCUGCUGUCAUUUACCCGUCCACAUCCAUGGGGUCUGUGCCUCAUCAGAGGAUGCCCCGUUCUGCUAAAGCAGGACAUCUCGUCACUAAGGUAACAGCAGUGGACGCGGACUCGGGUCAUAACGCCUGGCUCUUCUACAGGCUCGCGGAGGCCACGGACGCGUCACUGUUCAGUGUGAAUUUACACACGGGAGAGGUGAGGACUAAACGCGCUGUUUCAGAGCAGGAUGACCCCUCUCAGAGACUGAUAAUAGAGAUAAAGGACAAUGGAGAACCGAUCCAGUCCACCACAGCCACAGUGGAUAUACUGAUAGAGGACGGGUUUCAUGAGCCCAUCUCAGACUAUAGAGAGAAAACUAUCGAGCCCAACAAGAAAAGUGGUAAAAUUACUUUAUACCUGAUCAUCUCUUUGGUGGCGGUGUCUUUGUUGUGUCUGAUGACGUUUUUCAUCUUACUGGUGAAAUGUGCGCGAGGCAGUAGAGGUGGUUCAAGCUGCUGUAUCAGGCGAACUGAUUCUGGAUACAAGAACCCCAACAGAAACCUGCAGAUCCAGCUCAACACUGACGGGCCCAUUAAAUAUGUGGAGGUUCUGGGAGGAGACAUGAUGUCUCAGAGUCAGUCCUUUGGCUCCUAUCUCUCUCCAAUGUCAGAAUUCAGUGAUCUCACCCUCGUUAAGCCCAGCAGCACCACAAACUUUACAGACACGCUAAAUGUGCUUGAUGCGUCAUUACCAGACAGCGCGUGGACGUUCGAGAGUCAACAGCAAAAGCCACCUAACUCGGAUUGGCGAUUUCCUCCAAACCAGAGGCCCGGACCAAGCGGUCAACAAAGGUUCCACACCCUGCAGCAGAGAUGGACUCCAUACGAGAAGUCCAGGGCUGGAGUGCGUCCUGACGAGGCAGGUGCCGGCCCUGGUGUGAUAGCGGGAACAGGACCGUGGCCCAACCCCCCUACCGAAGCUGAACAGCUCCAGGCUCUGAUGGCGGCAGCCAACGAAGCAAGUGAAGCUACCGCAACUCUUGGCCCUCGCUACAAUCUACAGUACGGCCCAGAGUACCGCCAGAACGUGUACAUCCCGGGCAGUACCGCCACCCUCACGGCCAACCCUCAGCAACAGGUACCCCAGCAGGCCCUUCCCCCUCCUCAAGCCCUGCCCCCCGCCGAAGUCCCCAAAGCAGCUCAAACGCCCGCCAGCAAGAAGAAGCCCACCAAGAAAGACAAGAAGUAAGGCACACGGGCAAGCACUAUCAGAGCUGCAGAAAUAUGUUGCCGGGAUCUGAGCAUCUCUCCUCACAAAACGUGUCCACGGGUUUGGUCAAAGAAUCAAAAGAUUAAGAUUCAAUGUUUAUGUCUGUGAGGUUUUCAUUUGUUUGUUUUAGAUUGACCUUUUUUAUUAUUAUUAUUAUUUAUUGGAUUUUGAAUUCUAUUUACAAUAUAUUACACAAUAACCCCGAAAAAAAGCAUUUCCUGUCGCUGAAAAAUGACUGAACAAAAGGAGAUGUGUUCAGAUUCCUGAAACUCGUUCUUCGACAGAUAACUCUGUCCUGUAAAUAGCAUUACUAAAACAAGAAGAAAACACGCAUUUCUUCUUUGUUCCCCUCAAAUGUCAUGUUUUAGGCUUUUUUGUGUUCUUUUCAAAGCAAAGUAGAUGCUUCUUGUGGUUACAAAAUGAAACGCUGUUAGGCUUUUUAACAUAAUGUGCCACGACUCUUACCUUGACUGAAAUGAGUAUUGAGCUGAACUAUGCAGUGCAAAGAGGACGAUGUUUUCGGAAUAAGAAAAUACAUUUACGUUUGUCUAAAACCAGAUGGUGAGACACUGAACUGUUGGCAUGGUAUGUAAAAAUAGAUUCAGUCUUCUCAUUAAUAGCCAGUUAAGCAGAGCUGAAUGUUAGGUUAACACCGUUUGACUUUCUUUGCUAUUAUUUCCGGUUAGCGUGGUAUAUAAAAAUCCUUUGGAAUUGCAAGUAACGUAAACAGUGUUUUGUAAAGAUCAGAAAAGAUAAAUCUCAGCCUUUGUAAGGUCAAGAUCAGAGAUUGAUUUGGGUCAAAGUGAACGUGCGAAGAGUUUGAGUCGGUGGAAAACAUGAAGUCAACCAAAAUGAAAGAAAACAAUGAAUAUGUGGAAAGACUAAUGACUAACUUCAAUGCACUUGAAUGGCUCUUAGAUGGAGGGAUUCUGCACCAACCACCACCACAGUGUAUAUAAAAAGUGUAACCUGUCUGUACAAACAUUAGAGCCACAAGGGCUGGCUGUUACAGGAAUGUUUCAGUAUUUUUUAAAAAAGCAAAAAAAAAGACCAUAGAAAAAAAAAAGAUCCAGUGUAGUGUUCGAGAUCAUUGACUAACCAAACUGUACAUACAACAGAACUUCUGAAGACACGCAAUCGUAGCUUAAGGCUUGUGGACCAUGUGCAUAUUUUUGUGUUUUUCCCCUUCGAUUACACAUUCUUUCCUUUUCUCCAAUCACUUUAAACCUUGAAAGAUAACAGACGACACUUGCUGUCAUUAGAGUACCUUCCCUCCCCACAUCUGACUGUACUUUUCUGUGCUUGUAAUUCCAAUCAGUCGGUAAUGAUACUGGAAUGCCAAUCCUGUCUGUUUGACUAUGAAUAUCUUAUCUAUAUAUAUAUAUAUAAAUGUCUGUCUGCUGCUUGGCUACCUUUCUGUAUUUGACUGUGAUUCCUUUUAAGAAAUGCUUAGCACCUCAUGUUACCCUUUUUAUUUUACAAGCUAAUAUUUAUAUCGCUGUUGAUUUAUGUUUUACUUUAUUAUUGGAACACUUACAUUUGAAAUAAAAUUUUGUCAGAACUCACA